AACAUUUUUUCCUUUUAUCAGGCUUCGAGGGGAAAAAAAUCUAAGAUUCAAAUUACAAGGUUCACAUUUUACUUUCACUUGCAGAGUAAAACAAUAUAAACUUCACGUAUCGUUAUUAGUUUACUUGAAACAUUCUUGCUUGCAAACAUACAAAUAAUGGCUCAAACUGAACAUGAAAGAGCAUAUUUGCCAAGUUGCUGGAGCAAAAGAUGGGAUUCGGAACAACUUUUAGAGCGUUAUUUUAAAAAAUGUGCAGAAAUGACAAAAGAAGCUCGAAGUUCCAUAAAUUGUGAACUGGAUAUUCCUUAUGGUAAAUCUGAGAGGACAAAAUACGAUAUUUACGGAACUAAUUUACCCAAAGAUGCUCCAAUUUUUAUAUUUAUUCACGGCGGCUACUGGCAGGAAUUCACAAAAGAUUUAUCUGCAUUCCCAGCGUCUUCAUUGGUAUCCCAAGGGAUUAAAGUAAUCAUUUGUGGCUAUGAUUUGUGUCCGAACGUUUCAUUAACCGAAAUUGUGUCAGAGAUAAAAAUUUUUUUGGAGAAAAUUCUAAGAGAUGCACACAAUUCUGGAUCUCGAAAAAUUUUGAUAGCGGGUCACAGUGCAGGAGCGCAUUUGGCAGCAAGUGUUUUGCACGACAAUAAUUGGCUGAAUUCAAUGACUGAAAAGGGCUAUCGUAAUUUAUUGAAAGGAUUAAUUUUAAUCGCCGGUGUUUAUGAUUUAAAGCCCUUAUUGACGACGAGUAUGAAUGACGCAUUACAAUUAACUCCAGAAGAAAUAAAAUUGUACAGUUUCGCUCCAAUCGAAAAAAAUGAUUCAUUAAAGGAAUCAAUUAUUGAAGAUUUAAAAGUAAUCGUCACCGUUGGAGAAUGCGACUCUCCGAUAUUUAUUGAAGAAUCAAAACGUUAUUCGCAGAAACUGUUAAAAUUCGUCGACCAAGUGGAAUUUCUUUUGCUACGAAACAAUAUCGAUCACUUUGACAUUGUCGAAAAUCUCGUGCACUGUGACUUUCGACUUACAAAAUUAAUUCUCCAACACUUCAAAUCGCAGUGAUAAUGAGAAACAAUUUUUUCUUUUAUUCAAAAAGAAUUUAAUUAAUUAUUUUUCAAAAUUCGAAAUAAAUGUUUUAAUUACUAAA